UUGGUGGGACGGCCCAGCCGUACUGCGCUGCUUGGCUUGUCUUCUCUACGACUUUCUUGUUUGUGUUUGUAAGCCACCGCUUGAGCGCUUUUCAUGACUGGAGAAAUUCAUACUAGUCUGCCGGUUUCGAGAGACAAGUGACGGACAAGUUGUGGACGAGUGUAGAGACAUAGUUUGUUUUAGAGGGAAGAGGGAGACUGUUCGGCUGCCUCUACUUCCAACCAGCAUUAAAGCCUCUUUCAAACGAACACUUAGCUAACAAGCUAACUGGAGAUGUUUCAGGACCAGCUAAUUGGCUAGCUUGCUACCAAGCUAGUCGAAUCGUCAGUAGAAAAUUAUUGUGUAGUUUUAACAGCUGUAAUGAUACAUUUGCCUUUUGACGCAGUAAAUGAAAUUACCUAGACGGGAUCUUAUUUUAACGCUCCGGUGUACGUUUGGUUUAUUAUCUCCAGUAGGGACUGUAUGAUAGGGACAAUAGUUAACUGUCCAGGCAACAAGUCUGGCGCCGCUGCUGCUUUAACGUAACUUAAGUAUGUUCUCUUAAGUGUUGUUAUUAGUUAGUCUUCGGUUUUGCCAUAUAUAAGUUAAUGAUUUGUUUUAAAAUGACUGUUUUUGGCUAAGCGAAGGUGGUGUUAUGCAAAGAGAAGUGGUUUGCGAAUUGAGAUGCCCAGAUUUCAGUGUAUCGGGUCACUGUUUAGGUAAAGCUGUUUUUUAUUCAUUAAUACAACUGACGAGGAGACGAGGUAGAUGAACAUUAAAAAUCGCCCACAUGCGUUGGAUCAGUUCCCGGACUUGUGAAAGGCAUCUGAAGCAGAAGGAGGGAGACGCGAGCGCACAACCCUUGCAGCCCGGGGGAAGAUGGCGGAACGUUCCCACAGGAGGUGGUGAGACCAAAACUUCGGGACGACUUGGAUUCAUCGCCAGACACCUUUUCUCAGAUCGUUGGACACAUGCAGGCCAAAAAACGAUACUUAAUUCUGUUCUUCGCUGGCGCCUGUCUCAUUCUGCUGUUUUGUUUUGGGGGGAUACAAGUCCCGCUGUCCAGACGGGGUCCCAAUCAACGCGAUGACCGCAGCCUCACCGGUUAUCACCCCGGGGCGCGGUGGCGUCGCUUACCAGGUUACUUGCAGCCUUUCAGCACCUGGGAGAAGGAGCAUAGCGAUGAUCUCAUUGAACACAUAUCUCCUAGACAGAAGAGGGACACUAACUCAGACCAAUGCACUGGAAAACGCUGCAGGAUGGAGUCCUGUUUUGACUUCUCACUGUGUGAAAGGAAUGGAUUUAAAGUUUAUGUGUACCCUCUGCAGAAAGGAGAAAAGCUCUCAGAGAGUUAUCAGAACAUCUUGUCCUCUAUUGAAGGGUCCAGGUUCUAUACAUCAGAUCCAGGACAGGCAUGUCUCUUUGUCCUGAGUUUGGACACUCUGGAUCGGGACCAGCUUUCACCUCAAUAUGUGCAUAACUUGAAAGCAAAAAUCCAGAGCCUUCCUCUUUGGAAUGAAGGCAGAAAUCACAUCAUCUUCAAUUUAUACUCUGGCACUUGGCCAGAUUAUACAGAAGAUCUUGGCUUUGACAUUGGCUUUGCCAUGUUAGCCAAGGCCAGCAUCAGCACAGAAAACUUUAGGCCCAAUUUUGAUGUUUCUAUCCCUCUUUUUUCUAAAGACCACUCUAGGACAGGAGGGGAAAGGGGUUAUUUGAAACAUAACACAAUCCCCCCUUACAGGAAGUACAUGCUGGUUUUUAAGGGGAAGAGGUACCUGACUGGAAUAGGUUCGGACACCAGGAAUGCUCUAUAUCACGUGCAUAAUUCCGAGGAUGUGGUUCUCCUCACCACUUGUAAGCAUGGAAAGGACUGGCAGAAGCACAAGGACGCACGGUGUGAUAAAGACAAUGCAGAAUAUGACAAGUAUGAUUACAGGGAGAUGCUGUACAACUCCACUUUCUGUCUGGUGCCACGAGGUCGACGGCUGGGCUCUUUUCGUUUCUUAGAGGCUUUGCAGGCAGCUUGUGUACCAGUGAUGCUAAGUAAUGGCUGGGAGCUUCCCUUCUCAGAAAUCAUCGACUGGAAUACAGCAGCUGUGAUUGGGGAUGAAAGGCUGCUAUUACAGAUCCCUUCAACGGUACGUUCCGUCCACCAGGAUAAGAUUCUGUCCCUGAGGCAGCAGACUCAGUUCCUGUGGGAGGCUUACUUCAACUCUGUGGAAAAGAUAGUACUGACCACACUGGAGAUUAUCCAGGACCGGGUUCUGCUGCACACUUCAAGGAGUAGCCUCAUGUGGAACAGUCUUCCUGGUGGUGUUUUUACCCUGCCUCAGUACUCUACACACCUGGGAGACUUCCCCUUCUACUACGCUAAGCUGGGUAUCAAACCGUAUCCCAAGUUUACAGCAGUCAUACAUGUGGUCACUCCACUGGUCUCUCAGUCCCAGCCAGUGAUGAAGCUGCUUGUUGCUGUGGCAAAAUCCCAGUACUGUGCUCAGGUGAUAGUUCUGUGGAACUGUGACAAACCUCUCCCUGCCAAGCACCGCUGGCCUGCUACGUCAGUCCCUAUUAUUGUUAUAGAAGGAGAAAGCAAGGUGAUAAGCAGUCGCUUUCUACCUUACGACACCAUCCCCACUGACGCUGUGCUCAGUCUGGAUGAGGACACUGUGCUCUCCACCACAGAGGUUGACUUUGCCUUCACAGUGUGGCAGAGUUUUCCCGACCGCAUCGUCGGUUACCCAGCCCGCAGCCACUUCUGGGACAGCAGCAAGGAGCGGUGGGGCUACACUUCCAAAUGGACCAACGACUACUCCAUGGUGCUGACCGGGGCUGCCAUUUAUCACAAAUAUUACCACUACUUGUACACCACCUACCUUCCAACCAGUCUGAAGACGAUGGUUGACCAGAUGUCUAACUGCGAGGACAUACUCAUGAAUUUUCUUGUGUCAUCUGUGACUAAACUACCACCCAUCAAGGUCACCCAGAAGAAGCAAUACAAGGAAGCAAUGAUGGGACAGAGCUCCAGAGCAUCUCGCUGGGCUGACCCGGACCAUUUUGCACAACGUCAGACCUGUAUGAACAAGUUUGCCAACUGGUUUGGCACCAUGCCGCUUGUCCAUUCUCAAAUGAGGUUGGACCCAGUCCUGUUUAAAGACCAAGUGUCCAUAUUGCGGAAGAAAUACAGAGACAUCGAGAGGCUAUAACCUUCCUGAGCCUCCCCGCUCAGUGGACACAUCAAGGAAAGAGCGAGGGGGCGGACAGGGAGAGAACUUCAGAUCAUUGCAUAGAUGCAUUAGUGGAGAGGCUAAUUGGAUCGGGUCCCAUGGGAGAGGAAGAGAAUAAACUACAACAAAUGUGGAGAAAACCACAUCUGUCAGUUUUUAUGUUGUCUUUCUCCUUUCAAACCCAGCUUUCACAUGUACUUGGGGAUAGCUGAGUUCAGAAGUCCCAUACAUACACUAUGACUACCUAAAAGCUACACCUGAAAACUGUAAACUACUCGUCUUUGGUCAUGGAGUCGUUGCUUGUUGCUACGGUGUCUCAGCAGUGACAAACUGUCUCCAACUACAAUCUGCUGAAAGGGACAGUCUGUUUUGCUCUGUACACUAUGCACAGGUUCCUGAAAGUUUUUUGCUGACUAUAUUAUUAAUUAUGAAGAGAAUAACACUAUUUUGGAUUGUGUUUAGCUAUUUUUUAUACAGUGAAUGAAUGGCCAGCAUUACUUUCUGUAUUGUCUUAAUGAAAUCUAAUAGUGUGGUGGGCUAAGAGAGGAGUGAAAAGUCCUCAGCUGCAGAACUGGCUUAUAAUCAUUGAUCUGACAUUCACAGUGCCUCAAGGUUUCUCUAAAGGCGUUGGGAUCUGGGAAUCUGAGUAAAAGACAUGGUGGCAGUUUAGCGCCUUGAUCUUGCUGCUUUUUUUCUUUUUCUUUUUUUAAUUUCCUCCAUCACUGUAAUAAUUUUUUUUGUGAUUAAGUGUUUUUUAAGUUGUCAAACAUAACUGUCAGUAUGUGCCAUUCUGAACAAGUUAUCCUGGUAAAAUCAUUAGUUAUGUGGAAAUAGAUGUCCCCAGAAAUUCAGCUGAUUUACUUAUUCUGUUCAUGGCUCCUGUUUCAAUGACACUGAAACAAGAUUGCAUGUUUUGUUUGGAUAAAGAAGGCUGGGCUUGCCAACGCAAACCACUGUGAAAUCCACAGAAUAGAUCUGUUUUGAUCUGAGUUGAUUGGAGAUUAUUUAUAUCUGUUGUCUGUAAUCCUAAUUUCAUUUUUGAAUGGACAACUUUGGCAGACGCUAAAUCUGUCAUGUUUCUGACACGUGUGAGCUUGACUGUUAGUUGAUAUGAUUCAUUUUAAGCCGACUGUUGUGUAAUCGCUACUUCUAAAUAAAUAUGCCCAGACUCAUAGGAUAUUCUAAUUAAUACUGAUGAGAAAUUCUGGAAAGAGCUUUUCAAUUUUAGGGGGAUAUACUUAAAUGAAUAUUCCAAUUUGUGGUAUUUCUUCAGCUUCAAUUCCUUUAAUUAAAAGUUUUCAGUAGCAUAAUAGCAGAUUUAAAAUGCUGACUCAACAUCAGACUGACAAUGGACCAUGAGAAUGGGCCCCACUAGAGAAAGUAGUUUAUAUUUGUCCGUCUAAUCUCAGGAACAUAUCUCAAUCUUGUUGUAUUUGUGUAUGACUGCCAAAUGUCACUUCAACAUGAAAUUGGGUCGUUAUGUUGCUGGAUUAAUAGGCUAACUGACUUCUAAUUAUUUGGUUCCAUUAUUAAUGUAGUUUUAACAGUUUUUAUCUUGCUGAGUCAUAUCAUGUUACUUAAAAAUGGCACAGAAGAAAUCCCUCAUCUGUUAGGCAAACUGCUCAUCAAGUAAAGCAAACAACAUUUCUCUGUAAAGCCAACCCACACACCUCCCCUGACACACCCUUUGCUAGCUUCAUCUAAACAAUGAAAGAAGUGAUUGAUUUGGUCAGCUCAUUUGCAGACCCCAGUAUGUGCCAAUGGAGCAUUGUGGUUUUGUUUUAUAAAUACAUAUGAUUUUUUUUCUUCCAUUUGCAAUAGGGAAUGCCAUGCAUUCCUGUUUUUACUUGUUUCUCUAAGUAUUUUCUUUCUACUCAAGAAGGGUUUAUAUGUGAGAGCCUGAGCCCGCCGCAGACACAGAUGCUGCAUGAGGAUUUUCACUUUGGUGAGUCCAUUAUGGGCUCAAAAGCAAGUAAACAAUCCUAGCGUACUCAACACAAUGCUGUCAGGACAAUUUAAUAUAGUCGUAAACUUUCAGAAAUGAACUUGGUGCAAUAUUUAAGAUGACAUUUUCUCUUUUCUCUUGUGUUAAUAUUUCAGAGGGCAGGGGUUUUAAAUUGAUGUGCCUUCAGAGGAAAUACACUUAACAUUUUUUUUUCUUCAUCUGCCUUGUGCAAGAAAUAUGACCCUUUUUUCAUCUCCUAGCUGUUCUGUAAUUUAUUUUCUUCCAACAUCAUCCACUUACAUAAUUAUUUUUAACACUGGAAUCCUCCUAAGAUUUGCCACCACACAUCUGAAACUAACAUUCCUGCCUCCUGUCCUAGGAAUGUUUUCAAAGUCUGUAGGCUCAUCCUGAAAAUAAUGCCUUGUAAUGUUAUACAUGCAAGGUUCCAAAAGACCCCUCUCUGUGUUUGUCACAGCUAUAGUAAUAUAUGUAAUUCUCACACAGUAUUUAUCAGACAGGAUAGUCUCUGGAAUAAAUCUGUCCGUUUCCUUCACCCUCUUCUACACCUGCAGACCUAAUUUUAUAGAUUAAAAUGAAAAGAUGGUGGAAGAAAAUCACAAUUUUGUAAGUGAAUUUUCUAAAAACAUUUGGGAAAAAAAAUCAAAUAAAAAAAAAAAAAAAAAUCAAA